CUUGGGGUUUUUUUUUUCGCAGACCAAAAAAAAAAAGAGAGGCUGACUCCAACUAUCACCAAACACCACACACACUCUCUCGGUCUGACGCAUACUUCGCUCCUCGUAACCUUCCGACCCAGCGACUUCCCUUGCAGCUUCAAUUACAAGCUCAAUUGCGCGCGAGGACCUACAGACACAACAGAGACAGAAUACAAUGUCGCGCGGUGGUAGAGGUGGUGGCCGCGGCGGGCGCGGGGGUCGCCAGGGUCCCCAGCUAUCCUGGGACAACGGCGAACACGCCCCCGAUACACGACCCUCAGAGCUUUUCCCCGCCUACGCAAUCCCGACAGCGAAGCCAGUAACAGACCACGAACAAGCAAACGUGAACGCCUUCCUCCUCUUCCGCCGCCAAUUCCAAGACGGCCCCCUCUACACCCGCAAACGCACCUGGGGCAUGGAUCCAACCAACACGCGCAAGCUCUACGGCCAAGAACAAGUCAAUGCUAAAUACGGCGUGCGCACCCGCGCCACGGCGGAUCCGUUCAAUGCGGUCCCGACAUACUCGCAAAAAUUCACCCGCCCGGAGCGCGCCCUCCCCGAUUUCGGGGGACGUCCGUUCUGUAAGGAAUUCUUCCCGCAGGAGCUGCAUGAGACGCUUGACGGGGACGACGUCGCGCCCGGGGAGAAGAGGAGGGGCGGGGAGGCGAAGAGGUUGAGAUUGAGUCGGAUCACGGCGUUGCCUACGGCGGAGGACGUGUUUCAUGUUCAUGCCGAGGAGGAUGAGGAGGGCGAGGUUGGGCCGGAUGGCGCGAAGAAGCAAUUGGAGGCGCUGGAGAGGAUGGGAGAGGGUGAGGGCGAGGGUGCGGAAGAGGAGUGGGAGGAGGGCGGGGAGGAGGAGCAGGAUGUGGAAUAUGAUGAUUCUGAUGCCGGUGAUUAUGACGCAGAGAAUUACUUUGAUGAUGGGGAGUUUGGCGAGGAUGAUGGGGGCGGAGAUGAUGAGCAUGGUGGUCGGGAGGGAUCGUACUGAUCUUUGGUUGAGGUAUAGCUACCUGCUGAGAGUGUACGGCUAUGGCUACGGUCACGGUGACGACGACGGCGGACAUGGCAAAGGCGGAGGGAUUUGCGCAGAGGCCUUUGUUUGCUACCACCUCAGACACAACUGUCACCAACGGACGAGACACGAGAGGCAUCACCAGGCGUUUUUGGGCGGAUGAACGGCUUUGCUGAGCGGAUUACAGCUCCCUGAUACCCCAUCAAUUACCUUAUAUCAAGGUUGAGAAUACAAUAUACAGACACUUGCAUUUCA